CCCGAUCAUCACCAAUUGACUGAUCCCAUUAUUGGAAAUAAAGAGUGCAAUUCCUGCUUAGGCAAGACCACGAAGAUCUAACGCGCUAUCUAUGCUUCAACUACCGCUCCCAUGCACAAGAGCCCCACCUUUCCAUGUCCGAACACCCUACUCUCUUCUAUAUAAGCUACCGACUACUCUUACUGGUCUAUACGAUCAGACCAGCACCUCUCUUGUCACACGGGAGUCGCCUAGUGUUGACUCUGAGUGUGAACUAGCAGUUGUUCUAGGAACAUAGGAACAUAAGAGAUGGGCGGAGGAUGGAGAUUCUAGCAAACGUUUUAACAGCUGGCCCCCACUUGGACCUGGGAUUAUCAAAUCUAGGGUAUUUAGAGACAACAAC